CUUAAGAGGUAUAAGCAAUGGAGAGAGUUAUAGCGGCUGAGAGCCGGUAGCAGGGACUUGAGCAUGUAUGCGUUGAUCCAUGAUUGAAUUCGUUGUACUGUGGCUCCAGUUAAAACAGUAUUGAGAGAAGACUGACGAAGGGUAAAACCAACGAAACCGCAGAAAAUCCAGGAAAUACGGUCUUUUGAUCUCUUUGUGAGAAGUUGUGCAGAAUGACGCCCCUGUCUCCACCCAGAUUCUGAACUGCAAGAAGCAGCUGAAGGCGGUGCCUCUGAGACAUGACUUUAGAAAACAGUCUGGGGGAGCAUUGUUCUUUAGAUAUCGAGUCAAAGCAUAGCUACAUAGGAAGCUUUAUUCAGCCUCCACAUAAAAUAUCCAUUCCAUUUGCUGAUUUAUGGCCAAAGAAGACAACGGCUGUCACAGCAGACACUCCUGCACCGAACAGCCAAGCUCUGCUGUCAGCUCUGAAAAGUCUUCAAGAAAAGAUCCAUCGCCUUGAGUUGGAGAGGUCACAGGCUGAAGAUGACCUGAACUGCCUGUCCAGAGAAGCUGCUCAGUAUAAAAAAACUUUGCAGCAUGAAUCAAAUGAGAAGGACAUAGUUCAUCAGAAACUGAUGCAAGACAGAAAAGAUGUGAGUGUUCAGUUAAGUGCAGCUCAGUCUCGCUGCUCCUUGUUGGAGAAACAACUCGAUUACAUGAGGAAAAUGGUGACCAGUGCAGAGUUGGAAAAGAAAUUGGUUGUGGAACAGCAGAGUCAGCUCCAGAAGGAAAAAGAUCAGAAUCAAGCAGAGAUAUGUGCAAAACUUGACAAGCUUGAAAUUCUAGAAAAAGAGUGUUGGCGACUUACUGGCACUCAGAAAGCUGCAGAAGAAAAGAUCAAACACCUCGAGGCAAGGCUUCAGGAAGAACAACACCAUCGUAAGCUAAUACAAGACAAGGCAGCCCAGCUCCAAACAGGACUUGAGAUGAAUAGAAUUUUAAUGACCUCUCUUUCACCUCAAAAAGAAGCAAAAAAGAAAAGUGGGAAGAAGAAAGCAGUAAAGAAAAAUUCUAGUUUGAAGAAAGAAUGCAGCUCACAACCACACCUAGCGGCUGGAGCACUACCUUUUGUUGCUGGCAAGUCUGCCAGCUCAAGUCAUUCUGUUGCUGCAAAUGUUCAGAGUGUCUUGCAUAUGAUGAAAAGUCGUGGUCCACAUUUAAUACCACAAGGUCCAGAAGGAGCUGAAAAGAGGAUAUCUAGAUGGACUGGUGUGUGCAGAUCUGGGUCUUUUUGUUCUACAUCUUCUGCUACUGACAAUCUUUCUGACCUUCUCUUGAUCAUGCAGGAUGAGCUGGGACAAAUGAGUUUUGAACAUCAGGAACUGCUAAAGCAGAUACAAGAAACUAAAAACCAUGAAGUUCGAGAAGACUUGGAACGUGAACUGGAGUGUCUGGUUAAACAGAUGGAAAUUAAAGGAGAGCAGAUCACCAAGCUGAAAAGACACCAGGAGAGUGUUUAUAAAUUGAAGCAAAAGGCUCAAAAACUGAAAAGAAAAGCAGCUAAUGUUACAUCAAAGCCUGAUGACUGUAAAGGAACUAAGGAGGUCACAGUCCCUCCAAGAAGCAGUGUGCAUGGCACUUGUUCUGUGAAUAAGAGUACAAAUUCUCUCCAGCUGUUAAGAAGUGCUCAGAAAAUUCAGUCAGUGUUGAAGAAAGAUGACAUCCUUUGGGAACCAUAGCUCUCAAAACUAGUCCCAUAGAUCGCUACCCACCAGGAGCUGUACUGAAUAGAACUUUGAUGCUUGACUUGUCCACACAUCCAUAAAUUCUGAGAUUUAGAUCUAGAGAAAUGAACAUGUUUUUCUAUAUUUUUAAAAAUAUAUUUGUAAUUUGGUUUUAAUAAAGUGUACAUUUCUUUUUAAA